AUGGAUCCUAUCACCAAACCUCGUUCAAAAAGUUCAAAAAGAUUAUCGGGCGUUAUUAAGCCUCCUAAAAUCCUAAAUCCUAACCUUUAUAAAGCAUCCAAAGCUUUAGAGGCUGGUGAAACAUUUUAUUAUAAAAAAGAAUAUGAAUCUGCAAAAAAAGACUUAGUUAAAGGGUUCUCAUCGUUAAAAGCGGAUGAGAAUGUAUCGGAACAACUUUUUCUUAAUGCUACUAGAAUUUAUGGUGAGAUUAUGGUAUUAGAAGAAAAUUAUCUUGAUGCUUUAGAUUUUUUUAAUAAGGCAUUGAAAUCUUCACCAUCUGAUUCGACGACUUUACAAGCUCGUGGUCUAGUAAAUAUUAAGCUCCAAAGAUAUUUAGACGCACUUAAUGAUUUUAAUACAUUUUUAAACAUUGAACCAACCAAUCCGGAUGCACUGAGUUCAAGGGGCUCCUUGUUCAAAAAACUUGGAAGGUAUGACGAGGCACUAGAGGAUUAUACCAAAGCAAUGAAAAUAUCAAACCGAAAAGAUCUUCAACUUCUCUUAAACAGAGGAAAGGUUUAUUUAGCCCAAACCCGAUAUGAAGAAGCAUUGAACGAUUUUAAUGAACUUUUAAAUUUAAGAAAUCAAGCAGAAUCUCAUAUAAAAGUAUGGAUUAAAGAAUUUGUGGAUGAUAAUGAGAAGUUAAGAAAUUAUGAAUUUGAAAGAAGAACAAUAGUUGGUACAUGUGGUAGAAAAUAUACAAUCGAUGCUGUGUGGGAAAAAACCCCGUCCAUUGAAGCUAAUAAUAAUGUGCUUGACGGAUCUACAUCGAUUAACGAAUUACAGUCUAUACAACCCCUUUCAAGCUGUUCUCCGAAAUCUCCAAACCAUUUAUUUACUCCAAAGAUACAUCAAAUAGCCUUUUAA